AUGGCAGAUUCUGACAGUUAUGAGCCCGGCUAUCGCCCAUUGAAUCGAAAGAACGACCGAUUUGAAUAUUCCGAUACGCCAACUAUCGAAUUGAAAACGCCCAGAGUACACCAAACCACCCAAGAAAGUCGGAUACAAGAUAUAAAUCCGGAUGUGACCACUAUCCUACUGCUCAGUACAGACCAACUUGAAAUGCUGAGAUACCUGGAAGAUGAGCACAAGGAACAACAGACAAGAUAUCAAACAGAACAGAACGCCAUGUCAAGUUUGCGAAUACACCUCAUGACUACAGUCGCCCACCCAGUCUUCAGCUCCGAGCAGAGGGACUAG